AUGGGGGAGAUAAGGAAUGGGAUGCAGUGCGAGUACGACAACGUGUUGAACCUCACGGCAGACGCCGAAGCAGCGGGCUACGUUGUCGCCAUCACCGAGCAAUGGGGCAUCAUCGUCGGGAUGCUCCUGGUCCUCGCCUUCGGUCUCCCCGGCAACCUCGCUUUCCUCUUCGUCAUCUACAGACUGCCCCACAUGCGUACUAUCACCAACUUUUUCCUAGCCAACCUGGCCAUUGCAGACAUCUCCUUUCUCCUGGUGACUGUGUUCAUGUACAUGAUAUUCCUGUCCAGCCCCAUCCGUAGCGACUACAGUGUGGCGAGCAUCUUCAGCUGCGUCGGUGUUUUCGUGGCGCCUCAUAUCACGUACUUUACCUCUACGUGUUGCGUUACUGUGGUAUCUCUAGAGCGGUUUUACGCCAUCUGUAAACCACUCCAACACCGUGCCGUCAACACCAAAUCCCGAGCCAAGCGCCUCCUGCUACUCUCAUGGGUCAUCGCGGCGAUAUUGACGGCCAUCGCGAUGCCCAAGUACGGCGUCCUGGAGCUGUCGUGUAUCAUCUGGCCGGACGACGAGAAGUACCGGGAUUUACCAUUAACUCUCGGAUACUGCCGACCUGUCAUCCCGUGGUGGUUGGUUGUGGGUGAGGUUGCAACCCUCUCACCAUUCGCCGUGGCUCUCCCGUGUAAUGUAUUCAUGUACGUUCGCAUCAUCCACACGCUGAGUUCGCGCUCCGUAACUAAGGCGACCAGUUCACAGCGUUUUGCCCCGCAAGCUCUACAGGUCCGCAACCAAGUCGCCCGCAUGCUCAUUAUCAACGGUAUGGUAUUUUUCAUUUGUCAAGCUACAAACCAAUUCGUCACUGCUAUGUACAUCAUAUCGUCAAUCAAUGGUGACAAUGUGAAUGACAUCUACGACAGGUAUGACACUGUCCUGGACGUUGGUCGCAUCGCUGUUUUCGUCAACUCGGCAGUCAAUCCGAUAAUUUACACCUUGUCGAGCCAACACUACCGCAAGGCGUUUAGAGAGGCGUUCAGCAUCCCUCCCAAGAAAUCGAAAGUUACUUCCAAGAAAGCUGAAUUUCCCGCUCCUCGGAAAACUGCCUCACCGGAUGUCAAUCGCAGUGUCGACCCCGCCUUGCGCUUGCCUUCAUUUCGUCUACAACAUCAGCAGGGCACGUACUCCACCGAGGACCGAAGCAUGCACCUCGGAAACGACCACGACAACAAGUCCAAUAAACACAAGUGCACAAACGCUGAAAUUGAAAUAGGGUUCGAAAAUGAAGGGUUUCAGAAAAUGCCUAGCGAUUUUGAAGCGGAAAAAGGUGGAAGAAAUGAGGAACACAUGGACGAUACAGUUGGUGAAUACAACAAAGAAGAUGUCGGAUUAGCUGAUUUGGCUCCAUCUACGCCCAUCAUAAGCUCCACAGAGGACAUAAACGUUUCCGUCAGCGACGUCACAAAGUAG